GCUUCGACUAGAAUGAGCAGUUAAGAACUACAUAAAUAAGCAAUUAACGAAAAUGAAAUAGCAUAUGAUUCAAACCAAGCUACCAGCAAGAAGGGUCGUAAGCACAAGAAACUAGAAGACAAAUAAGAACUCAAAAAGCCAAUUGAUGGAAAACAGUAGUUUGGUGAUAAGUCUAUAUGUCGACUCUGCUAAGUAUCAACUAUGUCUACACUUACUAUUAUUUGCAUUCGCUGUCAUUUCAAAUACCAUUAGGAAUGUAUACGCAAAUAAAACAAAGAGCCUCAAUUUUAGGAUGGAAUUAAAUGGCAUUGUUUGUCUUGUAUUGAUAGGAUAGCAAAGAGAAAACUCAAGGAAUCAAAACCAUAAAAAAAGAAACAAUGCAACUAAAUACAAGAAUUCUUUUAAAAAACACUUCAACCAUAAGAAGACAAAAUCAAAAAGCUUACUGAAUUUUAAAUUCUUUAUCCUACUUAUAUAUAAUAAGGUAGAGUAACCUUUCCUAUCUUGGAUGAAUAUUUAACAGCCUAUUAAGGUUUGUUUAAUAUUGAGCCUAAAAAGAAACCCGCCCUUCGUAUAGACCCGGCAAUUCCUUAAGAAAUUUUUGAAGAUGUACUAAAAAUUUGGGAUUCAUACAAUAAUAUGAACGAAAUUAUAAGUGACAUUCUUCAAGAACAAUAAAUGGAAAGUAUGUAUAUAUUCCAUAUUAUUUUUAGCUUAAUUAUAGACAAAUAAUAUUGGAACUUUAAUUCAUUUUUAAGAUAAUCAUACAUUAUAUAAUCAAAAAUCAAGGAUAGAAAUCUAUCUUACUUUAUAACAUAAUCCAUAAGAAUUAAUCUUAUUUUUUUGUUAUUUCUAUCUAAAAUAACUUAUUGAAGAUUUAGAUAUAGAAUAAAUGCAAAAAUAAUAAUAUGUAUUAUAUAUAUAUAAUGAAGAAAAUACCUUAUUGGCAACUUAUGGGAUAUUUGUGGUAUACUAAUAGAUAGAGGUAUUAUCAAUUGAUAAGAGAUGAUGUUAAAUCCUUACCAACCAAUAUUUUUAAAUAAGGAAUUUUAUAUUUACCAGAUUAUUUAAUUGAUUUUGGUGAUUAUAAAAAUAUAAAUAAAUUGACAAAGUUAGUAAUAGCUUUGGUUGAUGGAAUAGAAACAUUAAAGAGAACCUAAUUUCUAUAUUAAUAUAGAACUGAAAAUAUACUUACCAAUAAUAGAAUGAAAACAUAAUUAGGAAUUCAAAUUAAAGAGCAAAGAAGUAAAUAGAUGGAAAUAAAUAAAGAAAUUAUAGAAUCUGAUGGGAAUUAUCAAAUGGCAAAAGUAAAAUAUUUGGCAAUUUUUUAGUCUAAAUUAUUAGAAGAUGGAUUAAGCAGAGUUGAAACACAAAAAUUUAUUAAAUAAAAGGAAAGUGCACAAAAGUAAUGUCAAAAAUUAAAAUAAUAAUCUUAAAAAUUAGAAAAGGAAAUAAAUAUAUUAAUUGAGAGAUUUAAUUAAUAAGAGAAAGUAUUAUUAUAAUUAAUAUAUUUAAGGAAUUGGCUAUCAUAUAAAUUUCAUCAUUAGUAUUAAAUCCUUCUGUGUUUUUAGGAUAUGAUAACAAGAAUAGUUAAUAUUAUUUCUUUCUUUGGGAAUCAGACAAAAUAUUUGUUUGUAUGAAACAUUCUAUAAUUGAUGAUGAAGUUUCUUAGUGGGGUUAUUAUGAUAUAACAGAUAUAAAUAUAUUAAUGGAGGUAUUUUGUCAAAAAGGAGUUAAAGAAAAUUCAUUAAGAAAUAACAUUUUAGAAUUAUAAAGAGCAAAGUUAUUGAUAGUUUAUUAAAAUAAGGAAGAAGAGGAAUAAAAGGAAGAUAAAUUAAAGAACUCACAAAACAAUAGUGAAAUUGAUGAUGCAGAAAACAAUAGUAAUAAUAGUGUUAAGGAUAAUAAUAUAAAUAGUUUAGAAAAUUUAGAUAUUGAUAUGUUAAUAUAGGAAUUUUUAAAUAUUGAAAAUAUGCUGACUGAGUAUCUAAAUCAAAGAAACUCAAGAUGGUGCAGUAGUGAAAUUAGAAAUUAAUUUUUAAAGAGUUUUCAAAAUGUUAUUGUAAAAAAAUUAGAUAAGAAUUAUAAUGAAUAAGAUCUUGCUCCUUUUUGUAAAGCAAUAGAAUAUUUUGUUGAUAAUACUAUGUUGUAAGAGAAAUUAGAAUUAAGACCUGAAGAAGAAGUUAAUGAAGAUGAAAAUCUUUAACUAAAUAAAGAUGAUGAAUCAUAUUAAUAAUAAAAUAGAAAAAGAAAAGUUGUUGAAGAUGAUUCAUCUGCUGAAUAACCAUUAUAAACAGCUCUUUAAUAAUUAGAAUAAUUAGAUACAGGAAAAGUGAGAAUUAGAAAAUUGCCAAUGAAAUUGUUUGGCACUUAUUAUGAAACUUUAAGAUUAAAUUUAAUAGAACAAUUAAAAAAAGAUUGUAAUCUAGUCAAAUUGAAAAUAUGUUUAGAAAUUCUUGGUUAAAUAAUUUAAGACUAUUUAAAUAGAAAAAUUACAUAAUAAAUAGUGACACAAAUACCUGAUAAAAAAAAAGUAGAGGAAAUAAAUGUUAAAAAAUAAAUACCAAUUGAACCUAUUAUAGAACCAGAAAUUAAAGUGUAAAACUUAAGAUAAAGGGUUAAGUUUUAAUAAUAAUCAAUAUAUAUGGAGAGUAAAUGGGAUGAUAAAUGUAAGAAAUGUGGAUUAGGUGGUAAAGUUAUUUGUUGUGAUACUUGUCCAAAAGUAUUUCACACCAAAUGUUUAGGACUUAAAGAAGUACCAAAAGGAAAGUGGAAUUGCUUAGUGUGUUUAAGUAAUUUUGAAAGAUAAGUCAAAACCAGAGCAACUAUAAAAAAAUUAGAAAAUCAUUGAAC